AUGCAGGGGAAGGUAUUUGUUCUCUUCUGUGCUCAAGUACUAUUAAUAAAGUGUAUCUCUAGUCAAUAUAUCGGUGCUGCAUGCAACCCUGCUGCUACUCCCUGUGCUGCUGCUGCCUGGAAUGCUGGACCGUAUGCAGCCGGUGCUCCUCUAGCUUCUCCGUGGGCUGGUCCAAUGGCUACCUCUCCUUAUGUGGGCGUUGAAUUAGCAGCUGGUUACUCCCCUGCCUGUUUGGCCGCUUCCAACGGAGGUGGUCUUGCUGUUACCAGUUUUUCCCCAAUCGCACCUACUGGUAUCACGAUGACAUCUGACAAUGUAUACGAAGGCCCUCUAGCUGUGUCCGGUUCAAUUCCAUUCUUAGGUGCCGUAGCAUUAGAAGGUGCUCUACCCACAGCCGGCGCAGGCGCCGUCACAUACGAGUGUGGGAACGGUAACGUCGCUAUGCUGAGUGAGGACAUCGCACCUGCUGGGUACAAUACACUCGCCGGAUCGUACGGCUACGGGCCAGGCGCAGCGGCCGAGUUAGGUUACGGAUACGGUUCUCCUCUAGCUUAUGAAGCUGGUCUAGCAGGACCCGUUUAUGGUGCCUACGGUAAUAGAGGAUGUGGAUGCGGAACAAUU